CAAACAUAUACUGUACAUUACAUAUACAUCAUAUACACCACACAAACACAUUAAACAUCAGUGAUAGACUCUAUAAUGAUUAGUAGUUAUACUCAUGUAGUUAUAAAAAAUAUCUCAGUAAUUAUUAAUAUAAAAGUGUGCGCGGGGGUCCAAAUAUAAACCCAAAUAUGGUGAUGUAAUGCUGCCAAUCAUUCACAUGCUACAGGUCUGUGGGGCAAAAGGGCAAAAUGAGGCAGAUCAACCCGCCCCUGACAACCAUUACAAACCCAUACAAACCAGCAGAACACUCAUCUCAUCUAAACACUACACUAAACACACACAGACAGACAGUAAAAUCACAGUAUAAACACAGUAAACAUACACUUUUAAUCUCUUCAGAUGAUCGGCGGGAAUGAGCGCUGAUGACGCGUCAUCAAGGUGAAUCUGAGGAGAUUUAAACAGUAUGGCCCAACCCAUCACGGGACACCCCGUACCUCAUCCGAAGGUCCACACGGGUCACUCCUUUUCUCCAUCACACCGCCCAGCUCCGAGCCCCGGCACCGGGGCAGAUCCAAACAACACUGUACUUCUCCCUGCCCUCAGCCUCCGUAGGCAGGUGCUAACCAAUGGAAAACAUCAUGGAAUACUGAGCUUUCCACAGUCAUCACAGCAUCCAUCCCUAUCAUACCCAGCACCUGCAUCCAAACAAUCGGUCCCAUCCAGCUGCCCAGACAAUGAUAUGAAAGGUUAUUUAUCUUUGGGGUCGAGCAGAAAGAUAUUUGGAGCGUGUGGAGGUUCAAACCUGCAGGUGACGAGCAGCGCUAUGCUUCUUCAGGGUUCUCCAUCUGUUCCACAAACAUCACAUUACAGUUGUCCAUCUCAUGCUGUGGGCCUCGUCGUUCCAUUCACAGAUGCCCGGUCGGUGCUGUCCAGAGAAUCUUUAGCCUCAACCACACUCAGCAUUGCCGAGACACAGUCCAUACGUAGCAGUAAGUUGGAUUGGCAGUACGGUUAUCACGUUCUACCACCGCUUGGGCUUCAGCAGCCAUCCAAUCAGAUUUCAGAAGCGGUUGACCUGAACCCUGAAUCAGGAAGUGUCACCCGUACCUCCAACCCCACCUCUCUACCGCCAUAUCUCUUCAAAGAGGAUACCAGCAGUCCUCGGCUCUCUGCUCGUUCAAAAAAGAGAGCUUUGUCCCUGUCUCCUCUAUCUGACGGCAUCGACCUUAACUCAAUCAUUCGGACCUCUCCCACCUCGCUUGUGGCGUACAUCAUCGGUUCUCGAGCCUCUACGGGUUCGCAGCCCACCCCUUCGCCUCUGCAGUCAGACGUAUGCGGCCACCUGCUGGGCGUCAGAGGCAGCUGCAUUCCUCUCCCGCAUCCCGGCAAACACGUUUCUGCGAGUGACGCACCUGACCGUGAGAGUUUUCAGGUGAGACGCUUGGAGGAGGCGACCCUGGAAGAUCAAUUUACCAACCUGGUGGUGGAGCAUCAACUUUUGCACAAACGGGAGAUGAAAAACGCUGCAUCUAACAACCCGUCAGCCGCAGCGCAGCCUCAGUUUGACCUGUUGCCCAAAGGUCCCCCACCACCCUACCACGCCCAUCAACACGUGCGAAGGUCUUAUGGUGAGCUACCAGGUCACACGGUGCCCUCAAAUGACAUCAGGGCUCUUCCUGUGACUCUCUGCCCCAUGCUAGAGGAAGAGGAGGAGGAAGAUUUUAGUGGAGGCCACUGCUGUUGCUGGAUGGACUGUGGUGCCGUUUACAGCCACCAGGACGAGCUGGUCAAACACAUUGAGAAGAUCCACGUGGAUCAGCGCAAGGGCGACGACUUCACCUGCUUCUGGGCCGGAUGUCCACGGAAACACAAGCCUUUCAAUGCUCGCUACAAACUCUUGAUUCAUAUGAGAGUUCAUUCAGGAGAGAAACCUAACAAGUGCUCGUUUGAAGGCUGUCAGAAGGCAUUCUCUCGCCUGGAGAACCUUAAAAUCCAUCUCAGGAGCCACACAGGUGAGAAACCCUACGUGUGUCAACACCACGGCUGUCAGAAAGCCUUCAGCAACUCGAGCGAUCGUGCCAAACACCAGCGAACGCACGUCGACACGAAACCGUACGUCUGUCAGAUCCAGGGCUGCAUGAAACGUUACACGGACCCCAGCUCUCUGCGCAAACACGUCAAGUCUCACUCCUUAAAAGAGCAACAAGCCCGGAAAAAGCUGAGAUGGAGCACAGAUGUCAAUCAGGAUGGACUAAAUGAAUGUUUGACCGUUCAGCCACUGCAACACAACAUCUCUUCACUGGACCUGAUUGAGAGCAAACGUCGGUCCCCCAUUGAUGAUCUCUACACUGGUGUCAUUGCACUAAAUCUGCCCAGCCAAACCAUCUCGCUUCACAGUCCAAUGAAGAUCACAGAUGAUCACCACAACCAUCCUAGUGUCCAACUGCCUCCAUUACCACAGAGUAACAACAGGUUUAGGGGUCCUGUGUUACAUCAGAUGAACCCUGGCCCACCUCCAGUGUUGCCCCCUUCAGCUCCUUACCACACAUUGACUCAAAACACUGGCAAACUACCCAGAUACUCCAACCAUCCCAGAACACAACAUCCACCUCUACAGGAGAGUUUUUCUGGUGAUGCCCAGACCAUGUUACAUACAUACAGUGACAUACCGCUGGUCAUGCAGAUGUCUGAGGAUAAUCUGGGCUUCUCUGAAGCAUCUCAGCAGGAUCUUCACCUGGUCCACAAAGCUCUGUCAGGCAUCACUGCCAUGUUCGAUUGCCAGGCUGGACCUGAAGACUUUCUAGGAGAGCAGGUGCCAUCGGUGUCUGAAGACAAUUAUCUUCACAUCAAUGCUAUGGACAGAAGCCCAAGCCAGAUCUCGUGUGUUUAUACUGAAGGCUGAAUGUAUAUCUCAUCCACCCAAACAUUUAAUGUCAACUUCAAUUGUUUAAAUCACAGUAUCUUCAGGAAUAACGUUCCUCUGGGAGGGAUCAUUUUAAAUGAAUAAAUAAUGUAUGAAGUCAUUUCCACUCACAUAAGUGUCCUAAAGAAGAACCACGUACGGCCGCAAAAGAUUAAUCACGAUUAAUCGCAUACAAAAUAAAAGUUUGUGUUUGCAUAAUGUGCAUACACACACACACGUAAAUGUUUCUUAAAUACAUGCAUGUGUGUGUAUUUAUAUAUACAAAAUAUAAUUACACACACAAAAACAAACUUUUUUUGUAUGCGAUUAAUUGUGAGUAAUCUUUUGACAGCCCUAUGACCACUUGUGUCGUUCAUUAUAAGACAUCAUCCACUAACAGUUAACAGACAUGAAGUGUUACAAUUCUUUGUGUCAAACAUUUUGAUGAAAAAAGUGCUUGUAAUAUUUUUGUAAUUAUGUAGUUAAUAUAAUUACAUUCUGACAUUUUCAAAUGUGACUUACAGGAAAUGUCAAAAUGUCUUGUAGGGCCACUGUACGUUAAAGAAACUUCAAAUCUGGCUUUAUAAAUCUGUCAGAGAUUAAAGACAUGCUGAUAUAAUGUAAAUAUGUAAACUAUGUCUGUACAUUUUUAUUUGCUAUAAGUGUCCAGAUUAAGGACGAGAUCUGUAACUGUAUAUAUUGGAUCAUUUGUUUUAAUUCUGUGCCUUGCCUUCAAGAAAUCAGACCAAACUGCAGUCAACUCCAGUACUAAUACUUUACACCGGUGCUUCUUAAACUGGAGGGGCCCCCCGAGAUGAUGUCAGGGAGGCCCCAGUUUUAUAAAAAAUAGUGCUGGGCAAAGAUUAAUUGCAUACAAAAUAAAAGUGCAUUUUUGCAUA